AUGGCGGAUAAUAGUAACGUUGGAGUGGAAAAUACCGAUCAUGCACGGUCAUUUGUGGAAGUUAAUAUUUUGAGGGGUGACCUCAACGCGGCGCGUAGGUUUCCCUCCAACUACGUGCGCACAUCAAAAUAUACUCUGGCUACAUGCAUACCGAAGAGUUUGCUUAACCAGUUUCGAUGCGUAUCGAAUAUAUACUUCCUUUUUGUUACCAUCAUCACCAUGAUUCCCGUUGUGAGUCCGGUAAACCCACUCAGUACCCUGUUGCCUCUGUGUAUCGUGGUUGGGGUUGGGAUGUGGAAGGACCUUUGGGAGGAUGGCAAGCGUCGGAAGUCUGACAAACUCGUGAACUCAGUGGGCGUGCAGGUGCUCCGUGGCUCCGACUUUGUUUCUGUUCCAUCCCGUGAUGUGCGCGCUGGCGAUGUGAUACUUUGCGGACUUGGGGAUGUGGUGCCGGCUGAUGCAGUUGUGUUGAACACCUCACUGGUGGAUGGUGUGACAUAUAUUGAAACGUCCAAUCUUGAUGGCGAGACAAAUGCUAAAACACGGCGUGCAAAACCAGAAACGAUAAAGGCACUUGGGACAGUUGAGGAUAUUAUUGAGGGUUGUUUGCCAGAUGCUGCCACGUGUGCCCACUUCUUGAACAACGGCAGCUUGGUUGGGUGGAAGCGAUGUGAUAGCCGCGGUGGUGAUAACGGCAAAGGAGCCAUUUCUCAGAAUGUUCUUACAGAGAAUGGGAGGACCUCAGGGGGUACGUCGGGUCAGCGGGCUCGCGCUUCGUCGGCCUUUCGUGAUGUCGAGGUGACCGAGGUGGAAGAUGGUACGCCGCAGAGUGUGGAGCUUCCGCCACCGACGAACGUAACUCAAUCCUUUGCGGAGCAAACUUCAAAGAAGGGAACGGAAGGAGGGCACGGGCGCACCAGUACCGCUACGCCCACACCGUUGGAGACGCGGGGAAGUGUGUGCAACACGCUGGAACUUUCAAGUAAGGAGCGCACCAUCACUGAAUGUGAUGAUCGUGUGCCGUCAAGCACUGUUGAAACGUCGGAUAUACGCGACCGGGUGCGGGGGGGGCCUUCUGGAUUAUGCUCAAGCUCAAACCCCUUCGCCGCUGGUACUGCUUCCAAUAUUUACCCAAGGGCGGGUGCUCCUGGCUCUGCUGUCGCGUUGGCAAAUGAUGGAAACGGCGUAUUGAACGACGCACGGGGAGAUGGGGAUUUUAAGGGCGUUUUGUUACGCGGGGCGACGCCAUGCCCAGACUUACACUCAUGGAUUGGGCAGCUGCGCCUACGAUGUGGGAGCGUCGUGUCUCUUUCCAUUGAUCAGUUUCUACCCCGUGGUUGCAUUAUUCGAAACACUGAGUGGGUUCUUUGCGCCGUUGUCUACACGGGGAAAAAUACCAAGAUGCUGCUCAAUCUCAAAAGCAAGGGGGAAAAAUCAUCCUUAACUUCCCGCCGAAUCAACCUUAUCAACAUCAUCCUUCUGUUCGUGCAUCAAACAGCUUUGAUAACUCUAUGCACAAUGUCGGUGCAUUGGCGCGCUGAAAGACUCAACGGACUUGAGGGAGCGGGAAGCGGCCAUACCACGUGGUACAUCCAAUGGGCCCUGAGUAGGUAUGGAGCGUCAAAAUACUUUGCCCUCAUGUACCUGACAAAUUUCAUUCUUCUUUCAUUCCUCAUUCCAAUUUCGUUGUAUGUUACGAUGGAACUCAACAAAGUGCUUCAACUGUAUCUCAUCGCAAAUGACAGACGCAUGGCGAGCUACGAUGAGUUCAAGGGCGUACUGCGCUACUCUAGGCCAAAGACAUCUUGCCUGAACUCGCAGCUAGCGUACGUCAGAUACGUUUUCACAGAUAAGACUGGAACCCUAACGGAGAACGUUAUGACUUAUGUUGGUGGUUGUACAGCGACCGAACGGCAUGACGAGAAGGAAAGACCAGGGGCACUUGGCGAAGCAUUCCUUCGGCUCGUUGAGGCCCGACGCCUCAGUGUACCUCCAGCCGUUGGGGAGCCAAUUAUGACUACUGAUGCCUUGGAACGCCGUCAGGUUCCCCAACAGGGGCGAUUCGACUUCGAUGAGGAGGCGAUGGAAAAGGAACCACUUUUCCGGUACCUACGCAACUUGUCGCUUUGCCACAGCGUUGUCUGUUUUGACAGACCUGAGGUGGAAUCAGCGGUUGCCGCAGCCGUGGAAGCAGCGGCGGCGAGCGGUCAUUCGGUCCUUGGUGGCUCACUUCCCCCAGGCUCCCAGCACGCCUUCACGCGUCGCCCAUCUGCGGCAGAUGCCACAUUACCGAAUAAUAAUCGAAUAAUGGGGUGCAGUGGCACAACUGACGCGGUUGAGAUGGUGUGUCACCGUCGGGUGUCAAGCAUAACCCCCGGAAGCGGUUCUGUCUUCGGCGCCUCCCCAUCGACUGGUGUUGGGCGUUUCUUGCAUGGUCACACUGGCAGUGCGUCAUGGCGCAUGACGUGCCACAAUGAUGCGCUUAUGCAUGAGCGCUCUCUCACAAUGUCUAGAAAGGUGAGAGAGUUUAGGGACGAGUCAAAGAUAUACGAAGGGCAGUCACUGGAUGAAGUUGCGUUGGUGUGUGCGGCUCGCGACAACCUUUUCGCGCUGCAGGGAAGAACUUCCAAACAUGUUUUUGUGAAAGUUGUGCAGAAGGUGAUGUGCUACGAGGUUGUUGCAGAGCUUCAGUUCACAUCUCAAAGAAAAUUGAUGAGCGUGCUUUUAAGUCGUUGUCCGGAUAUGGAUAAUGCCUCUACAGGUACUCAGGACAAUGUGCGAAUAAGUUACCACCGAAAGGUUCAGGAAACACAGACGUCUCCAAGCUUUGCUCGGGCGUGGGAGACCCCAACGAGGUCAUCGGGCCAACACAAGACAAUGAAGGUUCUAGGGGAUCAAAAAGGUGAUCCAACGCAUCCAGUGACGGUGGAAGAGGAUAGAAAAGACCGUCCCGUGGAUUCCAAUGCUAGAGGGAAGAAGCUUCCCUUUCUGUUGCUCGUGAAGGGUGCGGAUAGCAGCAUGAUGUCUAUCAUGAACAAACAAAACCCACGGAACAUUGAUUUGAAGGAUCUUUUUGAAGUGGAAAUAGAUUCGGUUGCCAAGAAGGGCCUACGAACACUUGUCCUUGGUCAGCGGUGGGUAUCGGAGGAGGAGGCACGGGAUUGGCUGGUCAAAUUUAAUGAGGCGCAGUGUCGCUUGAACGAUCGCGACGAGGCAUUGCAUGAAGUCUACGCGCUGCUAGAGAAGGAUGUUGACCUGAUUGGAACUACGGCUGUAUCCGAUGAGCUGCAGGAGGAUGUUCCGGAGACGGUAAAGUUUCUUAUGCAAGCCGAUAUCGUGGUGUGGAUGCUUACGGGAGACAAGCGGGAGACUGCUGUGACGAUCGCAUGCACUAGCGGCAUCAUCGAAUCGGGCUGUGAGGAUAUGGUGCAUCAUCUCGAUGUUUGCAGCCAAUUAUCUGGUACCACAGAUCUGCAAACGGAGUUGAAGAGUGAGCGUAUACGAGAAGUGCUUCGAUCACAACUUUCUGCUGCCUCAAAUAAGUGUGAUAGCGCAGAGGAACAGUACGGUAAAGAUACUCACAAGAUGGUGCUAGUGGUAGACGGGCUGACGUUAGACGCCAUUUUCUGUGAUGCAGACCUCACAAGCGAAUUUUUCUCUAUUGGUAUGCGGUGUCGUAGCGCUGUGUGCUGCCGUAUGACGCCGCUUCAGAAGGCAAAGAUAGUGAAGCUUUUCCAGGAGAAUACUGGGGGCGUUGCGUUGGCGAUUGGUGACGGUGCUAAUGACGUUUCUAUGAUACAAGAGAGCAGUGUUGGUAUUGGUAUCAUGGGGCUCGAGGGCUCGCAGGCCGAGUUGGCGAGUGACUAUGCGAUUCCCAAAUUCAGAUUCCUGAAGCGGCUACUCAUGGUUCACGGUCGCUUUUCACUUUACCGCGAUGCUCAUUGUCUCGUGUACAGUUUGCAUAAGAAUGCCUUUCUCACGUCCGCUAUCGUUGUCUACACUAUUUCUAGUGGUUUCUCCGGUAUGGUAUUAAUCGAUUCGUGGCUUAUUACUUUUUUCAAUCUUGUGUAUUGUUCACUUCAGCCAGUUUUGAUGGGGGUGUACGACAAAGAUGUGGAGGAUGAGUUGGCAGAGUCUCUGCCGUCGCUGUACCCUCCUUUGUCCAGGGAGAACAUGUUCUUUAGGUGGGGUUAUUUUACCAAGUGGUUUGUUGAUGGCGUGCUACUCGGAGUCUUAUUAUUUGUACUUACCUACUACGUUUUGGGUGAUGAUGAUGCGCUUCAUCCGUAUCGGAGCGGCUCAGUGGAGGAUUACGGUACUCUAUAUUUCAUUUUGUUGCUUUUUUUGGUUAAUCUGCGCGCAGCGUCCGCUAUUGUGUGCUAUAACCUUAUCACUGUUGCGGUUCUUGCGCUGUGUUUUAUUGCUAUUCCGUUUUUGACGCUUUUCUACUCGGCUCUACCAAACGUAUUUGGCUCGAACAGGUGCGUUUACGUGGCGAUAGAGCUAGUGGGAAACAUUAAGUUGUGGCUCAUGUUGCUUCUCUGCUUCGGGAUAUACAUCAUGUACAUUAUGGGAAGCAACGCAUAUAUCGAGCUGUUUAAGCCAUGGCUUAACGGGGAGCGGGCUAUGAGAGCAGCGUGGGAGUCGCCAUACAAGGGAGAACACCUUGCAAAGGUUAAACUGUUGCGGGAGCGCUCGCGGACAAGGUAA